AUGACAGAAUUAGCCAUUACCACCUUGACCCUCAAUGGUCUCCCAAAAAUCGCAGAAGGGAAAGUUCGAAAUCUCUAUGAGAUUGACGAGAAGACCCUUCUGUUCGUCGCAUCAGAUCGCAUUUCAGCUUAUGAUGUGAUUAUGGAAAACGGCAUUCCCUCCAAAGGCACUCUCCUCACACUUCUUUCCGCACAUUGGUUUGAGGUCCUCACUACUUUAAUACCCGAACUCAAAACCCACUUCCUUACUCUCUCCCUUCCCUCCGCCAUCUCCUCAUCCCAGCACUCGCUUCUCCGAAAUCGCUCCAUGCAAGUUCGCAAACUCAAGAUCUUCCCUAUCGAAGCCAUCGUACGAGGUUACAUCACUGGUUCAGCCUGGAAAGAAUAUCAAAAGUUGUCUACUGUCCACGGCAUUGAGAUGCCUGCAGGCCUCCAAAACUCUCAAAUCUUCCCCCAAGGGGCAAUCUAUACACCUUCCACUAAAGCCGAUUUUGGCAAAAAUGACGAGAAUAUUCAUCCCUCUAAGGCAGCCGAGAUUGUAGGUGAGAAAUACGCCCAGCGCAUUGAGGAUUUGGCCAUCAAGCUAUACACCACUGCUCGAGCUUAUGCUGCAGAGCGUGGUAUUAUUAUUGCAGAUACCAAAUUCGAGUUUGGAUUAGACGAGGAAACCGACGAGGUGGUUCUCGUAGAUGAGGUUUUGACACCAGAUUCGAGUAGAUUCUGGCCUGCGUCCCAAUACGAGGUCGGAAAAGAACAAGAAAGUUAUGAUAAACAGUUCUUGAGGAAUUGGUUGACGGAGGAGGGACUCAAGGGCCAACAGGGAGUUGCAAUGCCGGAGGAAAUUAUGUUACAAACGGCUGAGAAGUAUCGGGAAGCAUUUGAGAAAUUGACAGGGAGAAAAUGGGAAGAUGCCCUGAAAGAAGGGGAGACCAAAUGA